AUGGAUGCACUCAAGAGUAUGCUGUCCCCACUGGGGGUCGGUAGUGCUAAUGCGAUACAAGACACUCUUAAACUUGUUGUCAUCGGCGGGACUGUUGAGACAGCCAGAAGAGCCUCAGCAGGAGCAUGGCAUACUUUCCUUGACUCCUUCUUCUUGACGGCACACUUUAGUCAAGAAGACUAUCCGUAUGACUGGCUUAUGCACUGGCUUUCGAAGCAACCGGCCUGGGGACGCAGCCGUGAAUUUGAAAUUACCACCAGGACGGUUGGCCGCAAUGGUCUCACGCAAUCAACGACGGGUGACCUAGAUGAGGAAGAUGAAGACGAAGAAGAGGAUGCUCUCGUACACGGACGUCGGAAACGCAAAGUGGCGUUCAUGCCAAGUAUAGAUACGACUCACACCAUCUAUUACCGUGGUCAUUGGCUUCGGAUAACUAGGACUAAGCGCUACCCGGACUACGGUCAUGGUUCGGCUCUGAAGAUUAGGUCAAAUAUUUUUUAUCAUCAGUGUUCGGCAACGUGCUUAUCGCCCUACAGCGUGAUUGCUCGCAACAAUGACAUUUUGAAGAAACUCGUUCUCGAGGCGAAGCGCGAGUAUGAGAAGGAUGCCGAACAUCGCGUCCAUAUUUUUAUGGCCGAUACGACUUACGGCUGUUGGCGUUGGAAUGGAGCUCGUCAGAAGCGCCCUAUGAGUUCUAUUGUGUUGCAACCAGGCGUCAAAGAUAUGCUUCUGGCUGAUUGCAAAGACUUCCUGUGCUCUGAGGAUUGGUAUGCUGAAAGAGGUAUACCGUUCCGCCGUGGAUAUCUGUUGCACGGUGUUCCUGGAAGUGGCAAGACUUCAUUGAUACAUUCAUUGGCGGGUGAAUUAGGUCUGGAUAUCUACGUUGUCAGCUUGUCAUCAAAGGGGAUGAGUGAUAAUACACUGACAACAUUGAUGGGUCAUGUACCAUCCAGAUGUAUUUUGCUUCUUGAAGAUCUGGAUGCCGCGUUCACGCGCUCUGUCAGUCGUGAUGCAUCGUCAACUGGUGCUCCCACAGCAUCUAACACCAAUAGCACAACCACUGAGACUAACGAUGGAUCAACAUUGAGCUUGAGUGGACUUUUGAACAGCCUCGAUGGAGUCGCCGCUGCAGAAGGCCGACUGCUUUUUGCUACGACUAACCAUAUUGAGCGCCUUGAUCCAGCUCUUAGUCGCCCAGGACGCAUGGAUGUCUGGGUGAAUUUCACACAUGCGACAAAAUGGCAAGCCGAGGGCAUUUUCAAGUGUUUCUUCCCCUCGAAGCCUGCUGGUGUCGCUACCACAUCUCCACCUGAAGAGGACGUUGACACUUCGCAGAAAAACCUUCCCCUGCCAAAGCGCAAGGCGCCCAGUCACACUAUUCCUGUGCUUGAUGAGACUGAAAUUUCUGAGCUUGCUAAGCGUUUCGCAGAUGCUAUCCCAGAGAACGAGCUAAGCGUCGCUGCGCUUCAAGGUUACUUGUUAAAGAAUAAGGUUCGCCCGCGCGAAUGUGUCGAUGAAGUUGCACAGUGGAUCAUUGAAGAACGCGAGACUCGGGAGAAGCUCAAGAAGGAGAAGGCGGAACGCGAGGCGAAGGAGAAGAAAGAGACCGAGGAGAAAGAACGCAAGGAGAAAGAAGAGAAGGUUGCUAAAGAGCAAGAAGAAAAGGAUGCCAAAGAGAAGACCGAGAGGAAAGAACGUGCGAAAACCAAAAAGGCUCACCGCGCCGAGACUGCCUUGAAGUUGGAAGGUACCUCCAGCGCCAGUUCUGUGGCUACAACCGAAACAGUCGUUGUCCUGAGCACCGCUGAAUCGUCAAGUUCUGAAUCGGACAGCAGCAACGGCGGUAUUGAGGCAGACACUGAGGAAAGCAUAACCUCAGAGGAAGAACCCGACAAAUCCGCCGAUAAUGCGGGAUCUGGUGAUUCUGCUGUCAAAGAUAGUAACCAUUCUAAGGAGAAAUGGGUCGCUGUGAAGGCUGACUCAUGAGCUGAAUGACUGUUGACACAUUGCCUUGUUAGAAUCCGGGGGGCAUGUCAUCACCGCACUUAUCGCUAUUUUGCAUCUUGGUCCAUUUUGUGACGAUCGCUUCGAGCUUGUUGGUACGGUUUAGAUCUCGCAAUAUUUACGCAAUCUGAUAUCCGAGUGCACAUAUGCUACGUACUAGUUUUGUUAUGGUUAACCUCCUAGCUAGUGCACUGUCAAUCAUUAUCACACAUGAU